GAAGAGAAGAGGAACCUUUCCCUGGGGGGCCAUGUCGGCUUUGACAGUCUCCCCGAUCAGCUGGUCAGCAAGUCUGUCACACAAGGCUUCAGCUUCAACAUCCUCUGUGUGGGUGAGACCGGCAUUGGGAAAUCCACGCUGAUGAAUACCCUCUUCAAUACCACGUUUGAGACGGAGGAAGCCAGUCACUAUGAGAGCGCGGUUCGCUUGCGGCCACGGACCUACGACCUGCAGGAAAGCAACGUCCACCUGAAGCUAACGAUUGUGGAUGCGGUUGGAUUUGGGGAUCAGAUAAAUAAAGAUGAAAGUUACAGGCCGAUAGUUGAGUACAUUGAUACGCAGUUUGAAAACUAUUUACAAGAAGAGCUGAAAAUCCGCCGAUCUCUAUUCAACUAUCAUGACACGAGGAUUCACGUCUGCCUGUACUUCAUCACUCCAACCGGGCACUCGCUCAAGUCCUUGGACCUGGUGACAAUGAAGAAACUGGAUAGCAAGGUGAAUAUCAUUCCAAUUAUUGCCAAAGCAGACACCAUCUCCAAGAGCGAGUUGCACAAGUUCAAGAUAAAGAUAAUGAGCGAGCUGGUCAGCAACGGUGUGCAGAUCUAUCAGUUCCCCACAGAUGACGAAGCAGUUGCUGAGAUCAACUCUGUGAUGAAUGCUCAUCUGCCCUUCGCUGUGGUCGGCAGCACGGAGGAGGUGAAAGUUGGGAACAAGCUGGUGAGAGCUCGGCAGUACCCGUGGGGAGUGGUGCAAGUUGAGAAUGAAAGUCACUGUGACUUUGUGAAACUGCGGGAAAUGCUGAUUCGAGUCAAUAUGGAGGAUCUUCGGGAGCAGACUCAUACCCGCCACUAUGAGCUGUACAGGAGGUGCAAACUGGAAGAGAUGGGCUUCAAGGAUACGGAUCCAGACAGCCAGCCCUUCAGCCUCCAAGAAACAUACGAGACCAAAAGGAAAGAGUUCUUGGGUGAGCUCCAGAAGAAAGAGGAAGAAAUGAGACAAAUGUUUGUUAACAAAGUCAAGGAGACGGAGGCAGAGCUGAAGGAGAAGGAGAGAGAGCUGCAUGAGAAAUUUGAGCACUUAAAAAGGAUACACCAGGAAGAGAAAAGGAAGGUGGAGGAGAAGAGGAGGGAGCUGGAGGAAGAGAUGAACGCCUUCAACAGGCGGAAAGUAGCGGUGGAAACCUUGCAGUCCCAAUCCUUGCAGGCUACCUCACAGCAGCCGCUGAAGAAGGACAAAGACAAGAAAAACAGAUCAGUAAUAACAGCAAACCAAUCAGGAGUCAGCCUCUCCAGCUCUAAGGUGAUGAUCACCAAAGCCAAUGUGGAGCCCUUAAACUGCAAUAGUUGGUGGCACGCCAUACAGUGCUGUAGCUGUUUGGUCAAGAACGCAACAUGGCGGGAAGGAUUCAUCUGAGGCAGCCCAUGUAGUAGAUGGGGCCAGUUGGACAUCACCAUGGCAUGGAACUGGAGAGAAGUAUAUAUAUAUAUAUAUAUAUAUAUAAAAAACAAAAUACGUGUUGAGUAGUCAUUUUGUUACAACCCCCUUUUUUUUUUUUUUUUUUUUUUUUUUUUUUUUUUUUUUUUCCCCUUUUUUUUGUGUUUUGUGUUUGUACUUGCCAACCACUGAACUGUUUUUUCGAGCUUAUAAUGAAUGUACAAGGUCAGUGUUUCCUAACAAUUUCUGAAGUUUCUACGUUAUCCAGAUUGCUAUCCAGGAGAGUCAAUUCAGGCCAGCAGAUACGGAUAGAAUAAAACCGAUAAUAAUGACUGCGCACUGAAUUUACUGAGGAAACAAGCACCUAAGAAAGGCAGUUUUCACAAUCAGCAGCCUAAGAUGGCUUAAUAUUUGCACAUAACCUUAAAAAAGGGAUCCAGGAUGUGUUCGUAUCACAUGAUUUUUGCCUUACUAGCACAUGAUCGUUUCUUGAAGACAAAGUUUAAUCGUUUCUAUCAAAUGUUUAGUAACUGCAGUGUGAACUAAGUGCCAGAUUGGAGUAGUCUCAUUGCCUAAAACAAGGGUGAAUAAUUAGUGGGAUGAAAAGGAAAAUGGUUUAAGAAAAAAACCGUGUGUGUGAAAUGUAGCAAAACUCUGACAGCUUUCUAUGUACAGUAUUAAUAGAACGGAAAUAGUUAGAAAUAUUUUUGCAGUGUGUAUUUAAAAAAAAUAAAAUGGCGUAUAGUUGUGCAUUAUGAGAAUCUUUUUAACGUCCAUUUUAGUUGUCCUUUAAAGAUGGCAGUAAAUUUUUUGAGCAAAAUGAAAGGUUUUAAAUAGUAGAAAAUUUUAAAAAUAAAUAAAUUAAAAAAUCACUGUAACAUUCUUCAAAAGACUUGCAGAUAGCUGAGAACAGUUAGCAAAGCAUCUUGGGAAGGAUGUGUGGGUGUGUGUAUGUGUGCGCAUCUGUGUUUUCUAGUCUUAUUUGAUAAGGAGCUGUUUCUUUAAAGAAAAAAAAAAUUUGCAAAAUUUAGUGCUUACAAUGUUUAAGAAAUCCAUUGGUGUUGCUGUGUAAAGAUCCCAAUGAAGCUUGUCUAGUAUAAUUCUUUCCAUUCUCAAGAUCUCAGCUGGAGAGCGUUUACAACCACUCUGCACUGCGAGCAUCUUCACCGAUGGUAUUACCUGUAAAAAAAAAAAAAAAAAAAUUAAAAAUAAUAAAGAAGCCACCGUCCUACAC